AUCACUAAUAGUCAUUUACAUAUUGAAUGUGCUCGCCAUUUUGGUAGCACAAACUGAAAUUUCUAACGCACAAAAUCCAGAGCAAUCGGCAGCCAUCGGACUGCGACACAGAUUUUGUUACACAUAAUUUAUAACAGCAAUUCACCCACAGGAACGGACCGGCGUAUUUGCGGUUCGUUCGGGGGGAAAUAGAGACAUCCCCUUCAAUGUACGUUCUUCGCCAAAAUGUCCACUAUCUCGGGGCUUGGUAGUAAGGGGGAGAAGAGCAAAGGAAAGUUCAAGGCAAUUGAUAUAAAUAAUUUAUACAAGGGAAAAAGCGUUGAGACUCAAAAGUCAACAGUUCCCAGGCAACAUGGGUUACAGAGCCUUGGCAAGGUAUCGUCUGCAGCGCGGCGCAUGCCGCCUCCGGCUAAUUUGCCAAGUUUGAAAAGUGAGCACAGUGGAAACGACCCUUCCAUAAGUCUUGUACCAUCAGGUGGAUCAGGAUGGGCAUCGAAGGAGAAAGAGAAAGAAGCAACUGGCACUCAGCAGCCCGUAUCGCAGCCGCAGCCGGUCGUGCCAGUGCAGUCUACACAAUCUACUGCCAAGAACAACACCCCCUCUGGGGGCACAGGAACGGGGGUCAGGUCUUGGAGCAGUGUUACAGGUGGCACUUCUCAUGGGGGUCUUGUGAGUCAUCAGUCUCCAGCAUUUCAGGAGGAAUUUCCGUUGUUGGCACCAGAGGAGAAAACAAAAGAAACAAAAAAAGAGGAGGAGAACAAGGAUUUUCAAUAUGGACCAGGGCCAAGCUUGCGACCUCAAAAUGUCGCAAGUUGGCGAGAAGGUGGUGGUCGUGGCGUGCAGCAGCAGAAUGUCAAGGCAGAGGACGUGUCUCAGCCAGUUACAUCCGCCCCAAGCCAAACAGACACACCACCCAGUGGCCCCCUGAUUUCAGGUGGCGGCGGCGGAGGCGGCGCAGGGACAGGGGGCCCGGGGGUUGGGGGUGGUGACUCCUCCGUGGGCCCUCAUAUGCCACCUAGGCCAGGCUCCGGCCAAGGGCCACCUCAAGCUGGUAUGCCCAUGGGACCACCAUUGGCAGUGCCACCAUAUCGCGGCAUGAUGCCUCACUAUAUGUUUGGCCGUCUGCCUGGUGGGGGAUAUCCACCCAAUUAUCCAGGGUUCCCCCCAAGAGGACCCUACCCACAUGAUGUGAGGUUUAGAGGACCCAUGCCCGCUGUUCCUCAACAUCGCCCACAAGAAGGGGAUGAUGAGUUGAUGAAACGACCAGCCAUUGUUUCUGAAAAGAGUCUGAAGGACUUUGACAAAAUUCUCCGCUCUGAGUCUGGCGAUGGGGGAUGGGCUGGUGCUCAAGGAGAAAUUGACUACAAUGCAACACUGGUUUUUAGUGACGAUGAAGAUGAUGCUAAAGAUGACAGACGAAGCUCAAGUGACCAGAAUCGACGUCAUAGGAAAGUGUCAUCCUCUCCGAAAGAUGAUGACAGGGACCAGGACCGAAAAGAUGAAAAAAGUGACAAGAAUAAGCAGGAGGAUAUUGGACCACCUGUGGCAAGAGAGGCCUGGCCACCUGGUGUUCCACCCCAGCAUUACAGAAGUGGACCAAGGCCACCCCAUCCUGGAGGCAUGGAAGGGCGGGGCUGGCCUAUGCCAUAUGAUUUCAUUGGCCACAGAACUCCUGGCUAUGGACCUCAGUUUCGAAUGCCUCCACCACACCCCAGUCAGAUGACACGUCCUUAUGGACCACCACCACCACCACCACAGAUGGCUAGACCAGCACCUUCUUCUGGGCCAAGUGCUUUAGGGCCUGAGGAUGAAGAUGAGAAAUGGCGCCAGCGCCGGCGUCAUGCAGGGGAGGAAGUGAGUGCUGCAGUGGAAAGAGCCCGCCAGCGGCGAGAAGAUGAUGAAAGAAGAAUUGAAGCUGAAAGAAAAGCAGCAGCUGCAGAGAAGUUACGGCAGCUUGAUGAACGAGUGAAGAAGAGAAGUGGAGAUGAAAAGGACAUCAAAGAACCAGAGCCAGAAGGCCGGUCCAGUCGUACUCCUAGUGAAAGCAGUGAUAAGGACAGUUGGGAUGGAAGAUACAGAGAAAGUCAGAAAUAUGCCCAGAGUAACUAUCAAGCUCCUACGAAAGGGUUUUCCAGAAAUGUGCCACCACGCUUUCAAAAGCAGCAGCAAGACCAACCACCAGUGUCACAGAUGGCGCCGCCAUCUCAGCCACCUUCGUCAUCUCCUUCAGUGACCACACCAACUCGACAACAGCCACCAUCGCCUGCUAAUGCUCAUCCACCUAUGGCCCAUGGGUUCCGUCCUGGUCAAAUGCCGCCACCACCUCCCUGGGGACCAGACCCACGUGGUUGGCCAGGCAUGCCUCCUCCUUACUUCAUGGAUCCACGUUAUGGGCCACGACCCCCACUAGACAUGCAGGGCAUGCCUAUGUAUCCACCACCCAUGAGACGUCGAACCAAUAGUCUUGGUUCAGGAAAUGAAGGCCAGGAUGAAGGUCGUCAUCCAGAACCAUUUGAGAGGGGUGACCCCAGGAUGUGGAUGGAACGUGGAUACAUGGCUGCUGGUUUGCCACCAGGUCCAUAUGAGGAUUUACGUAGGCAUCCAUACUAUGAACGAAUGUACCAAGACUACGACCGAUAUGAUUAUGAAAGGAGAGAGUACGAGCGUCAGGAGCACCCUGACGAUGAUAAUGAUGAACCUCCUGAGUCAGAAAAUGCCCCCAAAGAGGUUGAGAAAAGGUCCACAUCAUCUAGAGAGCAGAGAGAGUCAAGAGAUCUGUUUGAUGAUAUUCCAGAUAAAAAGGCGUCACGUGAUUCUGGCUGGGAUGAACCUGAACGCUUCCAAGAGAAGGAGGAUGAAGAUGACAAAGAGAAUGUAAAGGAAGAGAAUGAUGAAGAUCCUGGGAAAUUGGAAGAGGAGAGCUGGGGUGGUGGCCGUAAUUACCGCCAAGGCAUGAGAGAUGGACGAAGUGGUCACACUCCAACUUUUCGUGCCUAUUCUUCAGAGGAGUAUAAGCGUGAUAGGAGAGACCAUCCUAGCUGUCCACCUCCGAUAUCAUACGAGCAGUCGAAACAGGCACUGCCACCCAAAAGUAAUUUAACUUCACUGAAGCGCAGUGCCUCAAACAUGUCCAGCAGCUCUGCCACAUCCUCAGAGCGGGACAGAAAAAGUGAUUCCCCAAAAGAGACAAUCAUUAUUGAGCGUUCUUCUGGCACGAGAAAAGAAGUUAAAGAGGUACCCAAAGAAAAACCUGUCCCACGAGAUGAAAAGCCAGAACAACCUCGGCAGAAUCCAUGGGAAGCCAAGGAAGAAGCUAGGAAAGCUAAAGAAAGAGAAAAGCAAGUAACUGCACAGGCUUCCGUACCUGAACAGAAGGAGCUUGAGAAAGUGUUUCCAGAAUCGACUCCGGAAGACAAUGUUCAUGACAAAACAUAUGAGAGGCAGGGAAACGGGAGCCGCCCGCCGGCGAAGAAAAAGCGAGACGAAGAUACUAUGGAGAAGGACGAUCAUUUUGCAGACCGGGACCGCCAGGCUGGAGACAAGGACCGCGAGAGGGACAGACCUCGCAGCAACACAGGCCGCGGUGGUCGUGAAUUUGUUCGUGGCCGUGGUCGCACAAGAGGUACUCGUGGAAGCAGCAGUGGUGGCCGUAGUGCUCCCUAUACCUCCAGGGCUAGCCGUGGUCGUGACCAUGCAGCUGGCUCAGGGUUUGAGCGAGGGGGUAGGUCACUGUCAGAUCAUGGUGCUGGAGUAGGGGUGAACCGGUGGGCGGACAAGUCGGAGGAUGGGGAGCUUGGUAUCGAGGAAGUUCAUGACAACAAACGUCGGCGGGCACAUGAUGAAGAAAGUGAUGUGUCAGUAGAUGAAGCCAGUGGCUACAGUGAAAGCUCAAGUGAGAGAGCAUCUGAAGCCAAAGAACUUAUCGUAUCUAAAGACAAAAAUCAAGAAAAAGUAAAAGAAGAACCAAGGUUGAUUGAGAAACGAGAACCCAGUCGUAACGUUUGGGCUGAACGUAGUGCAUCCUCUCAGCAGCAUCUGAGGGGCAGUACUGCUUGGUCCAAAGAAAAGGACACAAACAAGGUGGUGGAGGACACUAGUGAGGCCCAGCAGGGUUCUGACAACCGUGACAGAAGGGAACAUCGUGAUACUCGAGAGAAUCUUGGUGACAAUCAUGACAACAGAGAUGACCUUGAAGGCAGAGAUGGCCGUGAUAACAAAGAUCAUCGUAAUGGCAGAGGUGGUCGUGAAAAUAAAGACAUGAGAGACAACCGUGACACCCGUGAUCGUCGAGAUAACAGGGAACGUCAUCAACGGCAGGAACGAGACCAUGAUGGUGUCAGAGACCGUGGAGGUGAUAGCCGUAAUGGAGACCACUACGAUAAACAUGGGCAUAAUGAUAUGGCAUUUGUUCCUAGAGGAGAACCCUCUAGAAGAGGCAGAGGUGGUGGCUCUGGGCAUCAUGGUCGUGGAGGUGGACGAGGUAUGUCUGCACCACCCAGAGGGGGUGGUUAUGGCCGCCCUGUAUCUGGUAGAGGAAAUGGAAACACAUUUGGAGACCAACCUCCUCCAUUGGAAAAUAAUAAUAGCAUGGAGCACAGGCGUCGAGACAACCGCAGGCAAGAGCGGAAUCAGCCACCACCAAGGUUCCGCAGGGGUGGGAUGAGUGAACGAGGACGUGGUUACGAAAGGGGAUCAUCAGGACGCGGAAGACCUUCCCGAGGAAGAGGAGGCAGUACACCUGUGUCUAAUAUAAGCAAGAAGCCCCCUCUUCAGAAGCAGCCAUCCAACGAAGGGGAAGAAUGGGAAACUGCUUCAGAGAGCAGUGACUUCCUUGAGAAAGGGCGAGAUUCAAAAAACGAGAUGAGAGAAAACCGAGAGAAUCAGCGUGACAUGUCCAAGAAAGCCUUUUCAAACCAACGCCCAUACAACGAUCGCCCAAACAGACGCAGUGGUGGGACAAACAAUUCUGAGUCAAGAAAGUCAGACAGUGUUGAGCGACGCAGCAACAAAGAAAAAUCACCGAACCAAAAAAACGGGGUAGCGCCGCCGAAGACCUCGGCGGCGAAUGGACCUGCACCUAAGACUAGAACGGUGGCUAACCAUAAAGAGAAUGUGAAAACUGUAAUGCGUGUCGACUGUAUCAUUCCCAAUGACCAGACUGCCAUUAACAAUGCAAUCAACAGCAUGCAGAAUAAGGGCAAGGUAGGACGAAAAUCAGAUCUCACCGAUGUGUCAAGGCCUUUAAAACCAGAAAAAGAAAAAAAGGAUGCUCUGGCUAACAUAGACAUCAAUAAUUUUGCAAGUGUAGUUGUGAUUGACGACCAACCUGAGGUGACCAUAGACGAUCCCGCCUUCCUUUUUGACAGCAAUGAUGGAUUUCAAGAAGUUACUUCAAAGAAGACCAUGAGGAUCAAAUUGAAGGAGGAAGCUGAGCAGCAGAAGAAGACAGAGCAGCAACAGAAGAAGCGGGACAGUUCAAACAAGGUGAUUGCCCGCCCCAAGGGUCUUUCGCCCAAGAUCAGUCGCAGUAGUUACAGCAAAUCCAACAAACUGCCUCCACGUUUGGCAAAGCAGAAAGAGCAGCGGGAAAAGGAGAAGGAAUUAAGCAAGAAUAUUAUGUCUAAUAUAGAGCAGUGGGAUAAUGAGCUUGCAAGCAAUAUCCCUAUUGGCAGUGCACCUGCAGGACUAGAAGAGAAAGUGGGAAACGAAGUUGCUGGCUCUUUGACAACAACAAAGGCAGCUGUGCAAGUCCCUGCAGGCUCACAGGGGUCUCCUGUCAAACCCUCUGCUGUUACUGGACCACUGCCAUGUUCAGCAGCACAGUCAGUCUCCAUGACACCAGCUCCACCACCUACUGUCAGUGCAUGGACCAAACCCAUCAGCUUCGCAGCCUCAGUGGGAACCAUGGGAAGCAAUGUGGCCAGUACAUCUCCUACCAUUGCAGCCACCAUAUCAGUCUCCAGCUCCCUGGCCAUCACAAAGCCAGCAGUCAGUCUUAACUCCUUGUCAUCGGUGUCAGUGUCUGUCGGGGACAGCAAGUUUGACAAGGGAGACCAGCACGACAGUGGAGUAGAUGUAAGUGAUGGCCAGCCUAACUCUGCUUCUUCGUCUACACGGAGUUCCCCCAGUGCUGAUAACAAGCUCAAGGAUUCUGAAACAAAGGUUGGUGAACACUUGACAGAGAAGCUGAAGGCUGCUGAAAGUGAGUCUACCACUUUUGAAGCCCCAAAGCCACAAAGGCAGCCAAAGCAGCAGAUUGCCCGCAGUGGAGAGAAGACCAUCACAAAGACUGCUGAAGCUAGUGCCAGCAUGAAGGUAAUCCAAAAACCAGAAUCUACAAAGGAGAAGUCUGUCAUACGGGUGGCUGACUUAGGCUCCAAGCCUGAACCGAUACAGAUGCCACCUAGUUUCAAGGAUCCCAUUUUUGGCAAGGGUACAGAAAUAGAGCUUGACUUUGGCUUUGACAACACCUUGGAACCUAUUGAGACACCCAAACCAAAUUCCAGCACAGUGGAGAUUGUUCACAGCGACCGCAGCCAGGAAACCCCUACAGCUCCCAGCCUGCCCCCAAUCACUUCACCCACCUCCCCAGCCACCCAGGUCCUCUCCUCCAAGAUUGCUUCGGUCAAAAAUUUCUGGGACUUGCCACCAGUCUUUGAAAAGCCUAGCAGCACCUCUAUUACAUCAUCGCUGACAGCAAACUCCGCUGCAUCCGGUACUGAUAGCACAACAGUGAGUGUUGCCACCUACACAACCUUCACCACAGCAACAGCAGAUGUCACCAUCUCACAGACCACUCCUAGCACCAGUAUGCUGGGUGCAGUGGUGGUGGGACUGGAGAAGGCAGGGGUAGUAGGGGCUGCUUUGUCCCCAGUGCCUACAGAAUCCAUGGUCUUCUCUCCCUCCGAUAUGAAGACUGAGAGUCUAGACAAUAAGCCGCACAGUCUAGAGUCACACAGUUCUCACAGCAUGGGAGAGCAUUCCAAUGUCUGCAAGGUGCGACCACAACAGCUACACCCUAGUGCCUCUGACAACUCAUUAAGCUCAGGGGGCAUGGCAGGGUCACUCAUGUCUGCCAUGCCAGCUGUUCCUAGUCCCCCCAUUGUGAUGCAGGCUCAGCCCUUCCAGUCCUACCUAACCUCUCAGAUUCUGACUCAGGAGGCAAGAUUUGCACAGCCUAGCUACGGCUUCAGUCUCUCUCAGCAAGCUCAGCCUCAGCCGCCUCUGGCACAGCAAUCCCUUUCCCAGUCGUCUCUUUUCUUACCAGCACAGCAGGAUCUGUUUGCGCCCUUUCAGAGCUCACAUGGACCCCGGCCAGGACCUUCAGGGCCUGCACAGCAGCCAGGCUUGCCGACACCUCAGCACCAGCCUUUUGCUCAACAGAACAACCUGAACACUGUGAUGGUCUCAUCUACCAACUCUUCACUCAUGACAGCUUCCCUCAAAGGACCAAAUCAUAACUCUGCUGCUUUCAACUCUGUUGCAAAGAAUUUAGGGCCUAACCAAUUGCCAUUUAACCAAAGCCUGAGCAGCACAUCCCUGCCGCUGUCUCAAAUCUUCUUGUACCCUGAUCCAAGCCAGCUGUUCGGCACCAAUCAGUUACUGAGCACUGGGCAGUCAUCCCAGUCACUUUCUGCUUCUCAGAUUUUGCCUUCACAGCUUGUGCAGCAGUCCAGGUCUGGUGUGCAGAAUGUGCCGGCAGUGCAACAGCCAUCACCUUUUUACCAGCAACAGCAGCAGCAGCAGCCCCUCACUCAGACUGGCUACUUCCCGAGCCAGCAACCAUCAUCUGCUCUACAGGGUGGCACCCCACAGUUUUCUGUGCAGUCCUUCAGUACUCAACCCCAUGGCCUGGGGCUUACUUUGCAUUCUCCUGGGCCUGCCUCCUUGUCCCAGCCUCUUGGACUUGGUCCACAACCGCAGCCAUCACAUGCCCAACAUCAACAUCAGCACCAGCCUCCACAGCACCAGACUGCCUCACAGUCACAGACCACUAAGGGCUCACAGUUUGGCAACAUAAUGCAACAGCAACAGCAAUCACCACAGAAUACACCGAUGAAGUCUCCCCCUCACAACCUCGGCAUCACCGGGAAUAACAACAAUGCCAUGACACAGCCUCAGCCCAAUGCCAGCUCGAAGAAUUUCAAUGCCCAGAUGAAUAGUCGUAAUGCAGCUCAGCGUUUCCCUCCACCAGGUCAGACCCCUAAGUUCACACCUGGUGCACCAUUCAUGCAGGCUACAGGCCCUGUUGUGAGACCCCAGAUAGUAGUUGGAAACAUACUUCGUGGAAAUUCAGCACCUCCACCUCAACGACAAACCUACCCAAACCCUAUACAACGACCUGGGCUGGGAGCUUCUGCUACACCUACAGGUCCUGUCUCAGGGCUUCCAGCACAGCAGAUGCCACCAGGGUCUGGGCUAACACCUCUGACCAAUCAGUCCCGUGUUACUGGUGCAACCAGUGCCACAAACACCAACAUAGGAGGGUUGCGACCCCAGGCACAAUUGCCCAACAGCGGUCCAUCCUCCUUCAUCAAGGCCCAACAGGCCAAACACCGUCAAGACGUGCUGGCCCAUGCUGCUAGCUUCCUGAACCCCUACAACAAACCGAGUGGUAGUCUCAAGACCUCUACAUCCAGCAGUUCCCCAGCCACUGUAAACAGCACCUCUACUGUCACAGCUCCAGCAACUCCAAAAGCUGAUGGCUCAGGGGAUGGAAAGAAUUCACCUAUAGCUGCUUCCCUGACCAAGCCACCAUCUACCUCUGGCACUGGUGCUACACCUGCUGUUGCUCCAGCUCCUGCUGGGAGUGUCAGUGGCAAGGUCGAUGAGAGCAUCACAGCCAGUAAUCUGAAUGUGAAGAGCUCAAGUUAAAAAAAAUGUGAGAUGCAACUGCAUCUAGGAUGUAAUCCAGGCUCUUUAUGAAUACCAGGAGAGGUCAGGAUUUUUACUAGGUAGCUUCUGAAGCUGUCUCAAAAGAGAUGAAAAAAACAAUAGUUGAAGUUAAAUUCGACCAAAACUGGUGACAGUCUCUCCCCAUAAGAAAAACUCCUGGACAUGACCUGCACUCUGAUGAUUACUCGAUGGAGGCCAACUUGUAGAUUCCGUGUUUUCCCAGAGGUUUUUGUCCAGACUUAAUGACUAGAGAGGACAUGACAAUUGUAUCUGUUGUAGACAACUUCGAAGUAAACUUUAAAAGAUUUUUUCUACACCUGUCUGAACUCUUCGUAUUUGCGAUUAAGAAGUGUUGUGAAAACUUUUGUGACUUGUAAUUCAUUCAGUCACGGAGAAAUUAUUUGCUAAAGCAUCUAGUGGUACAAAGACCGAAAGCUGACCAGUUUAGAAAGUGUAGACUGUAUUUGAGUACAGUUGCUUGCUGGCAGAACUCAGACACAGCUACAAUAUAUUUUAGUUGUCAGAUUAUUAAAAAAAAAAUUCAUUUAAAAGAAUUAAAGACUGCAUGAGAAGAUCAGGUAAGUCUUAGCAGGAGGAAGUGUUCAUGUUGUUGGCUGGCAAGUGUGAUAAAAGACAGUGUCCCCCAUAUCAUGCUGCCUUGGUCACUCUGUGUGCUUAAGCAUCCUGGUAGUCUUCAGAACUAAAUUGGAUUGAAAAUUUUUUCCAGCAAAGUUGGUGUCAAUGGCUGUACAGGCCUGCUGUGAGAGGUAGGUGUGUUGGCAGGUGUAUGUGUCUAGGUCUCUUCUUCAGCAUGCUUGUGUGAACUCAGACAAUGCUUCUGUCCAUGUCAGGCAUGUGAGAGAGAGAGAGGUGGAGAUUCUGUUCACUCUUAUGUCUCGUAUACUCUGGUGUGUUUUUGCAAGAACUCACAACCUUAAAUUAACUGAUAGCCAUUUGCAGAAACCACUGAGUAUUCUUAAUCAAAGUUUCGCUUUUUUUUUUUUUUUUUUUUUUUAGAAAAAUAUUUUGUGUGUAGCUAAUAUAUAUAUACAUCAUUGUUUAAAAAAAAGCCCUACCCAUUCUUCACUCCCAGCUGUCCUUGAUUUUUAUUGUUGAAGUACGUUGUGAUGGUUGCCUAACACACCUACUACCCCCUUCUGUAUCAUCCUGUGGAAAAAAAAUGCAAGUGACUGAUAAUUAACAUCAAUGUUUUCCUUCUCUCUCUUUGCUGAUAGUGUUCUUGACAUUCUGUACAAACUUUCAUUUUUUAAAUUUUGUUAUUUAUGUUUUCUUUAAAUGUUCAUAGAACCAUUAACUUGAGACCUAAGAUUGCAGACUUGUGUAAGUUUGUAUGUAACCUUGUGUAAGAAUGCACAAGAUUACUUUUAAGUCUUGCCUGCAGUUUUGUCAGUCAAAGCAAAUGUGCAGGCCCUUGGAGCGAUCCCUGCAAUUGCUGCUUUGUGGUGGUCAUUAUUUUUUCAGCUCAUUGUCGGUGUGUUUGUACUUACUGUGUGGGUUUUUGCCUGAUUAUUCAUUAUAUUAUGUUACAUGUGUUAGCAAACAAGAGCAAGAUGUUAGUGCUGUACAUGAACAACAGUCUAUAAGGGGAAAAAAGGCUAUAGCAAGUUGUUAAACUUUUGUGGUCUCACACCACUUUCUUUAUUUUAUCCUUGCCUUCUCCUGCUUUCAAGUCAGAUGAGUGAAGAAAGCAUUAAACUUGUGAACAUUGUCACAACAGCAGCACUUUAUAGCCAGGAGCUCUCUGGCAGUUGCAGACCAAUAACUGGGGGUACACCUCCAUUCCUCAGGUUUUGCCGAUAUUGUAUCCAUCUUUAUUUCCCCCCAACCCUGACUUUGUUUACCAGCUAGUCUAGUUUACAAUAUUCAUAGCCUUUAAAACAAAGGUUCACUUCUAUACAAACAGUUCCCCCUACGCCCCAUCUUCUACCUCUUCCAUUUAAAAGCAUUUUCCUGGAAGAGCCAAAUCUGCAUUGUAUUGACUGCUAUGUGUCUGUGAAACCCUCUGUACCAAUAUUAUUGAAGAAAUGGUUUGAAUCUCUAAGAACAGCAGUGUCUGUUCUCUAGAGAAGGUCAAAUUGUUGAAUAAAGCAUGCUGCAAGUAGCCAAGAACUGAAGACAUUUAAAGUGUGGAUGGAAGAUGCAGUGACUGCAUGCAUUGUAUGAUAAAAAGAUGCAAGAUUGUCGCGUUCAUAUGGAGGCUGAUAACCGGUGCUUGUGCAGUUGCACAAAACACAUCUGUUUUUGUCAGUUUUUCAGUGAUGGAUGCGUGUAUGCAAACGUGCGUGGGUUCAAAAAUAAUUAUAAAGCAUGGUACAUAUUUAGGCACCACUGGCAGCAUUUGGCUGCCAGUUGUGUUAUUAGCAGCAUAAGGCCAUCAGUCAAUUGUAAAGUUUUAUUCCAGAAAAUCAGUAAAAAGCUGUGAUCUGCGGGAAAUAGUCACAUCUCUGCUCUUGUUUUGAUUACCUUGCAUUGCUUUCAUCAUCCCAAAUCACCCUUCCGCAACACUUCUUUACCCUACAACCACGUAGAAAUAUGGCGGGGAGUGUUUGCAUUAUGUGCUGAUAACAAGUAGAAGAAAAAAUAAUAAUGUGAAAAGGACUGUAUCUGCUAUGCCCUGUGGCUCAGAUGUGACAAAAGACAAGAGUAAUGCCUGAGAGCCAGGCAUGCUGAAACAGAUAAGACAGGGUCUGUUGGACUAAUUGAGAAGGAUUUGUCAAAGGGAACUGUCACAGAAGGAAGUUUUAUGAACCUAAAUGGAAGCCAUUUUUAAUAAAUAGGGGUGGGGGAGUUGGAAGUCGCAAUCCUAUCAUACAAGAAGUAGAUUAAGAAAUGCUCCUGGAGGGUAAGUGGAGCAUCCACGUUAAUGGGGAGAGUUAAAUGGGCACCCGAGCAAAGUUGUCUGAGAUCUGAGAAAAGUUUUGUAGGGAGACAUCAACUCCUUUGAAGCAUUGAAAGUAGAAAGAAAUGAGCGUUGACAUUUUAUGUUAAGACGAAGUGGGGGAGAGGAUGAGUGAAGUGUUGUGUACUAAUAUAUUGAACAUGUAGUGUCAUGCAACAGCUGCAAGUCUGGGUACAUGCUGGCUUAUAAAGUGAUUGCCGAAAACGGAGGAUGUGGUGCCAGCCUUGGAGAGACCCUAGAGAUUUGUAACAAUUUUAAUAGUUGACAGUUAUUAUAUCUGCAGUCCCUGUCACAGUGAUAUAGCUUUAGUUGCUGGCUCAGAGUAAAACACCAGUUUCUUCCCCCACCCAUCCCUUUCCCACAAAAGCUAAUGACGAUUUUAUAUGAUGGUUUAUGGAUUCCGAUGCUGUUGCUCCCUAUUCAGCGUGUUUUGUACUUUUUCACAUCAGAAUUACACUCUUGUUUUUAAUCAAAUAUGAAAAGGGCCCUGUCCCACUUGCAAGAUUUUCUGCAUUUUAUAUGCGAUUUUUGUUUGGUGCAUAUGACCUUUUGCACCUCUGCUCUGGCAUACGUGUGGCCAACUGUUGGUAUCAUUGUCUGUAUGUUGGUGCAGAACAUAAACUUGAAUAUGGCAGAUUUUUUUUUUUUUUUAAGUUAAAUGUUGAUGUAGAGUUCACUUUUUCUUUUGCAUUAAGUUAUGCAUGUUGUGACAGCUAAAAAAAUUCCUUUUUGAAUGAGACUUGACACUGUAGACCCAGUUUUGGGUACCUUUGUUUUCUUUUCUUUUUUUUAAGUCAAAUUUCUUUGGAAGAAACAAAGUGGAUUGCAUGGCAAACUCGUGGUCUUUUAUUGUCACCCUUGUCUGUUUCCCAGAGGGUUAAUGCCAGUUAUCCUUGGUGCAUUACUUCAGAGAACAGAGCAUUCACACAUGAACUCUGAAAGUUUAUUUGUAUGUUGAACAAUGCUCCAUGAAAAGCUACACAUUGCGGGAGAAGAUGAAUAAAGUAUGACACUAGAGAAUGUCA